UCAGUUAGUGCGUAGCGGAACUCUGUCGUACGAUUUAAAAAAUACUUACUAUAUACCGCCCAUAUUGUAUGAAUGAUGUCUGGUUUGACAUUUUUUUUAGCAGUAGUCGUGUCGUUGCAGGUCGCGCAGGAUGGCGUCCAUUCGUGUACACUGCGAAAUCAUAAGGACAAAGUUGCGUGUUCCAUUUUGGGUGCCACAGAUCCAACUUUAGCAAAUUCGCGACACACGUCAGCUCCGUGUGUGACACCAAAACUCGGACUGCAACACCCAAGCGUGUUAAAUAAAAUUCCAAGACCCGGCUCCGAUCUAAUAAAUCCUGCAGUCCCUUCAGACAGUUUACUUCCUUCUUUGUCACCCACUCCGGCGGCACAUAUCACUGUUCCACCCCCCAUCAACGUCACAGUACCAAACGCUAAAAUCGAAGUAACAGCAGCAGCAGUAAUAGAAUCAGCAACAGUGACAGUGCCUGUCGACGUCCCAAAAUCAACAUCUUCAACAGAAACUACACCUGCCAUUUCCGAGCCGUCGAGCAUAUUUCCAGCGACGGACACCAAUAGCAUACCUACUAACGCUGCGGUCCAGUCAACGGAUUCUGUGUCGGUCGACGUUGCUGCUGUGGCAUCUGUCGACUCGUCUACCGUUGCACCAGAAGCUUCCGGUUCUGUGUUAGAACCUGCAGCGAGCCCAGUGCCAGUCUCGGACACUGUACCGGUCGCCGAUUCCGUCUCCACGUCAACUUCCGCCGCCGAAUCAUUAGCGCCACUUUCGCAAUUUCCGUCAAACACUACGACGCCAAGCAUCAUAGUAUAAAUUCCAGUCAACAACAGUUACAUGUUCUCCGUCUAUGAUCUAAACAUAUACUUGGUACACUUUUGAUGUUCGUAUGUAUAUAGCAUAGUAUACACUUUUAUAUAGUUUAGUAUGAAUAAAAUAUGUAUGUAUAA